CGUAGCGACUCCCGGCUGCGCUGCUUCGGGGCUCCGCGGGGCGAAAGGGGGGGAGGAGAGAGAGGAAGCAGCGAGGAGUGCUGCGUAGCCAAGGCGUCGCGCGGCCUGCGUGCGUGUGUGCGUGCUUGCGUGCGUGCGCUCGCUCGCUCGCUCGCGCGGGCUCAGUGGCGGCGCGUGAGACGGAGGCGGGCGGCGGUGGCGCCUGCGCGGUCGGGCUCGGUCGACGGUUCGCAGGGGAGGAGGCGGCGGGAGGCGGAGGAGGCGGCGGCGGCGAUGGAGGUGAAGCGGCUGAAAGUGACCGAGCUGCGGUCGGAGCUGCAGCGGCGGGGCCUGGACUCGCGCGGCCUCAAGAUGGAUCUGGCGCAGCGGCUGCAGGAGGCGCUGGACGCCGAGAUGCUCGAGGACGAGGCCGGCGGCGGGGCCGGAGCUGGGCCCGGCGGGGCCUGCAAGGCGGAGCCUCGGCCUGUGGCCGCGUCGGGCGGCGGCCCUGGCGGGGACGAGGAGGACGACGACGAGGAGGAGGAGGACGAGGAGGCGCUGCUUGAGGACGAGGACGAAGAGCCGCCACCUCCUGCCCAGGCCGCGCAGCCGCCGCCGGAGCCCCCGGAGGAGGCGGCAGCCAUGGAGGCCGCGGCCGAGCCCGACGCUCCCGAGCAGCCGGCGGAGGAGAAGCCGGAGCCUGAGGAGGAGGAGGAGGCGGCGGCGGCCGAGGCAGGUGGGGUCAAUGGUGGCGAGGAGCAGGGCCCCGGCAAAACGGAGGAGGAGGAGCCGGAGGAGCGGAGCGGCGACGAGACGCCGGGCUCUGAGGCGCCGGCUGACAAGGCCGCGGAGGAACAAGGAGAUGACCAAGAUAGUGAAAAGUCAAAACCAGCCGGCUCCGAUGGUGAGCGGCGGGGGGUAAAGAGACAGCGGGAUGAGAAGGAUGAACAUGGCCGAGCUUACUAUGAAUUCCGUGAGGAGGCUUACCACAGCCGUUCAAAGUCUCCCCCGCCACCUGAGGAAGAAGCAAAGGAUGAGGAGGAGGAUCAAACGCUGGUGAACCUGGACACGUAUACCUCGGAUCUCCAUUUUCAAGUGAGCAAAGACCGAUAUGGAGGGCAGCCACUUUUCUCAGAGAAGUUCCCUACCCUUUGGUCUGGAGCAAGGAGUACUUACGGAGUGACAAAGGGGAAAGUCUGCUUCGAGGCCAAGGUAACCCAGAAUCUCCCAAUGAAAGAAGGCUGCACAGAAGUUUCUCUCCUUCGAGUUGGAUGGUCUGUUGAUUUUUCCCGCCCACAACUUGGUGAAGAUGAAUUCUCUUAUGGUUUCGAUGGACGAGGCCUCAAGGCAGAGAAUGGACAGUUUGAAGAAUUUGGCCAGACUUUUGGGGAGAAUGAUGUCAUUGGCUGCUUUGCUAAUUUCAAGUCUGAAGAAGUUGAGCUUUCCUUCUCCAAGAAUGGUGAAGACCUAGGUGUUGCAUUCCGGAUCAGCAAAGAAUCCCUGGGAGAUCGGGCCCUUCUACCCCAUGUCCUCUGCAAAAAUUGUGUUGUAGAAUUAAACUUUGGUCAAAAGGAGGAGCCCUUCUUUCCACCACCAGAAGAGUUUGUGUUCAUCCAUGCCGUUCCUGUCGAAGAGCGUGUGCGCACUGCAGUCCCUCCCAAGACCAUAGAGGAGUGUGAGGUGAUUCUAAUGGUGGGACUGCCUGGAUCUGGAAAGACACAGUGGGCACUAAAAUUUGCAAAAGAAAACCCUGAGAAAAGAUACAAUGUCCUGGGAGCUGAGACAGUCCUCAAUCAAAUGAGGAUGAAGGGGCUGGAGGAGCCAGAGAUGGAUCCCAAAAGCCGAGACCUUUUAGUUCAGCAAGCCUCCCAGUGCCUUAGUAAGCUAGUCCAGAUUGCUUCUCGGACAAAGAGGAACUUCAUUCUUGAUCAAUGUAAUGUAUACAACUCUGGCCAACGACGGAAGUUAUUGCUGUUCAAGACUUUCUCAAGGAAAGUUGUGGUAGUUGUUCCAAAUGAGGAAGACUGGAAGAAGAGACUGGAGUUGAGGAAGGAAGUGGAGGGAGAUGAUGUGCCUGAGUCUAUAAUGCUGGAGAUGAAAGCCAAUUUCUCUCUACCGGAAAAAUGCGACUAUAUGGAUGAGGUGACAUAUGGGGAGCUGGAGAAGGAGGAAGCUCAGCCCAUCGUCACAAAGUACAAGGAAGAGGCCAGGAAGUUGCUGCCACCCUCCGAGAAGCGGACAAACCGUCGAAACAAUCGAAAUAAGCGCAACCGGCAGAACCGAAGCCGAGGCCAAGGCUAUGUGGGCGGGCAGCGCCGAGGCUACGACAACAGAGCCUAUGGGCAGCAGUACUGGGGGCAGCCUGGAAACAGAGGGGGUUACCGUAAUUUCUACGAUCGAUACAGGGGAGAAUAUGAUCGAUUCUACAGGGGAGAUUAUGAGUACAACAGAUACCGAGAUUAUUACAGACAGUACAAUCGGGAUUGGCAGAAUUACUACUACCACCACCCCCAGGACAGAGAUCGGUACUACAGGAACUACUACGGUUACCAAGGGUAUCGGUGAAGCCCCUGCCAUUGUCGCCUAUCAGCCAUGAAGCUGAAUCUCUGGGGGUGCCAAGCACCCCUCAAAACACAACCAAGGAAAACAGGGGCUGUCGGGGUGGGGCUGAGCUGCCGGGGAGGGGCGGUGGGGGGGGAGGGUGCGCAAGCAGGGGAGGGAGGGGGGAGGUGAAAACCAACAACAAAACUGUACAUUUUUUUAAAAGUUUGUUGAAAAGAAUAUUGUCUUAUUCUAUAAAACAUUUCAAACCUAGUUAGAUAUUUGUAAUCAAAAACAUUUGCGCAGAAAGCAGCACUUAGGGCUGCCUGUCCUGUACCCUGCAGUCGGAUAGGAAAGAACUGAAGGAAGAUGUCACCCUUCUGACAUUUCUAAGGCAGCUGGACUGACAGCUAAGUAAGGGAGAGUGAGGUGUGGAGGGUGGGGAAGCAUGAGAGCAUUCUCCAGAGCAGGCAGGAGUGGGGACAGAGGGAGAACUUGUGACGGGGGCAGUGAAAAUAAACAAUUGGAUCUUAUCAAUCAGUUGCACCAACUAACCGUUUGUAUUUUCUUUACCAACCUUUCCCUCUUGGGAUAUCUGGUCUGGUUUGGUGGGCUGGGAGGCCAAAGUGUCCCUAUCUGUUUCUGCUUCUGUGCCUUUUUUAUUUCGCUGAGGCACGGAAUCUAGGCAUUGGGUGGUUGGUUCUGUUACUUAGGGUUCCCAGGCCAAGGAGGCAUGGGGACUAUUCUGACUGCAGAGCAGAAUAGCUUGCACCCUCUAAUUCCCAUAAAAACUGGGGCAGAGGAACGAAUGAGAUAGCAGCCCUCGGCCUGAAGAUUGUAAUUUGCCAGUCUCCACUCUGUCUUCCAAGAUUGAUGGAUGGGAAGUCUCUAGUAUCAUCUCUGUUAAGAGUUUCUGUCCUCUUCUAACAUGAGAGAAGGGACGAUUCUCAGGGUUUCAGCUCACACAGAACUCUUCAGUGCAGCAGGAUAUGUAUAUAGGUGAAUCCUGUGGUGUGGGCUACCAGGCCCAGGUGCUGAGAAAAGCAACUAUUUUAUACAGUAUGGAGGGCAAGUCCCCUGCUGGUUUUUUUGAUACACAGGUAGGGAACGACUAGAAAAGGGGGGGGGGGGGGAGGCAGCUCAGUGGGGCUGCUGAAACUUGGGAAGAGCGUGAAUGUGAGUGUGUAUAAUGCGUGCAUGAAAGGGAUCACCCCCUUCUUAAGACAGGAUUGCUCCUGGGGUGCUUUCCCUGUCUGUCCCCAGAGAGGCCUCUAGCCAAGAGACUUCAGUUGGGAUUUUUUUUUUUUUUGUCUGUAAUUUUACCAACACCCUCCCAGUUCUUGACAAGCAGCUUCCAGUUGCUGGGCUCAAGAUUAUGGGUGGGCUAUGGGAAUGCUCUUUGAAUAUUUAGCUUCAGUUUUAAUCCAUGUUACUGCUCAGCAUUUUGUCAGCCAAGAGCUUACUCAGCCAACACCACAUGUUGCAGCACUUCCUGGCAAGGGAAAAUACUAGGUUGUGCUAGAUGAUGCUUCACUUCCAUGUCCUCACUGGGGCAAUCCUCUGUUACAGUUUUGUGCUGAGAUUCCCUCUCCCAUGCCACCCUUCUCUCGGUGCAGACCCUCAUUCUAGCCUUCUAGUUGCCCCUGUCUGUGACACUCUUCUGCUCCACAUGACCUCUGAUCCCAAGGCAGGAAUGAGGGAGACUAGGUAGGAGAUAGGUUUGCUUGCUAGUAAUGAUGUCCUUUCUCUUGGCGCCUACUCUCCUGUGGUGCCGUAAAAAGCGAUUUUUGUGGCAGUGGGUGAAGUGAUUGCAUGAAUUUUUCUGUAACCCACUGUUAAGGGAGUUAGACAGCUAUGCUCAGAGUAUCAGGGCAAGAUUUAGAAUAAAAAAAAAAAGCCCAAAGAAAUCCCCUUAGGACAAGAUUGUGUUAAAGAAAGUUGACUCUAGGCAGAAGCUUCCACCCCUUUGAGAUACCUAGUUCUCCAGGAGUAGCAUACAAUCCUCAGGUGUGUUUUGAGGAUGCUAAAGCUCUCAGACUCAGGGGGACAAGAAAAGUUCAAGCCACUCUGGGGCUUCUGACCAGGAGGAAGGGCUAGGGAAGGAUUAUGCUGUUAAUUUUUGACAAUAAAAAGCAACCUUAAAAAAAAUUUUUUUUUUUGGUGGGUAGAGUGCAACUGCCAUGUUGUUGUUGGUUUAGCCUGAGAUCACAUGCGACAACAGUAGAUGAUACCUGGGUUUUGUUUCUGUCUCUUUUGUUAUGAAAAAAUGAUGUUAAAGGGGGAAAAUGUGGAUUAACAGGAGAGAUCCUUAGCCUUGUUUUUCUUAGAAGACUUGUGUUAGUGUUUUAUCAGACAUCUGUUGUAGUUGUCUUAGAUGGAAAAGCUUGUGAGAAAACACCACAUGGAGCCUGUAAAUGUUUUUUGCACAACCUGUAAAGCAUUCUUGGAAGUGGCCAGUAAAAAAGGGUUUUACCAUUUAAAAAAAAAUGUAACUGUGUCAUUGUUUACAUCUGUAACUUUUUUCUCCCCUGUUCUCAUUACAACAUUCUGGCAAAAAUGUAGGCACAGUAGCUUCCAGUUUUAGAAUAAACAACCAUUUGGAUUGAA